AUGUACGUAGGUGCACCACGGUUUCCAGUGACAAUUGCGACAGGUCAGUCACUAUCACAGAACCGCCACAUUCUACAGUGUUUGUGUGGUAUUAACAACAGUAGCAGCAGUGACAACUGCAGUGGUAGUAGUAGUAGUAGUAGUAGUGGUAGUGGUAGUAGUAGUAAUAGUAGUAGUAGCAGUAGUAAUAGUAGUAGUAAUAGUAGUAGUACUGAUAGCAGUAGUAUUAGUAGUGAUAGCAGCAGUAAUAGAAGCAUCACUAGGAAGGGUAGUAUUAGUUGUUGUAGUAAGAGUAGUAGUAGUAGUGUGAUGGUGGAUGAAUCGGUGAUGCUCGACAUAACAAUUUUGAAAACUGUUGCGGUGAAAUACACCCUGCCAUCUCUUCUAACAAAACCACUGAACUAA